AGUGUUUACUUCCGGGGUUUCUGGCAGGCACAUUUCACAAAAAAAAAAAGAAAAAAAAAGCUUUCAAUUGAUCUACCUUGCUAAUAAAAUACAAGCAACAGUGCAUCCACAAUAUGUCAAAAAUGCAAUUGCUCAAUAUGUUUCUGCGCGAGCGAUUGACAGCGGCUGCUGUAGAGAUUUUUGGAGUAGUGGAAAAGACGAUAGUGGAGUAUCAAGAAGAAAUCACCCGUUCGAAAGAGGAGAACGAACGUUUACAUAAAAUGUUGGAUAUGGUCAUUAAACCUCAAGUCAAGUUACAUAGAGCAGACCCUAGGCAGCUCCAUGUCUCUGAAGAAGAGGUUCCCCUUGAGCAGGAGUGGAGCAGCCCCAUUCUGCGGCAAGAAAGUUCAGAGCCCACACAAAGUACAGAGGAACAGGACCUCAGGACCAAUCUGGGAGAAGAGCAACUGCAAGGGCCUGAGACUCAUGGUCAUAACAUAGAGUUUGUGUUCACACCUCCUUGUGUGAAAAGUGAUUUUGUUCAGGACCCUUGGCCCUCACACCUUUUCCAAACCCAAAUUGUGGAGGACAAUGAGACUAAUAAUCUAUCGAGCACCCUAGUGGAACACAUUAAAACAGAACCCGAUGGAGGAGAGGGCUAUGGAGUAGUAACGAGUGACCCACAGCUCAUGUUUGCAGUAAACGCACACUGUUCUGCAGCUCCAAGUGAAAACAUGCAUGGGACAGAGAUUGAAGGCCCUCUGCAACGGAAAACAAAGACAGGAAGACCAUUCAGACAUAUAGGAACGCUGUCUGAACUUAAGAAGAGACGCGCUUUGUAUGAGCGAUUUCGAUGCCAUGUCUGUGGAAAAGGGUUCCCAGCAAGGAAUGGUCUGGGAGACCACAUGACGACUCACACAGGGGAGAGACCACACAGCUGUCACCUCUGUGGGAAAGGUUUCAAAGUGAAGAGUCAUCUGAAAGAGCAUAUCAGGGUUCACACAGGAGAGAAACCCUUUGUCUGCCCAGUCUGUGGGAAAGCGUUCAGGCAGGAUGCCCAUAUGAAAGGACAUUUGAGGGGGACUCACAAGGAGAAACCAUACAGAUGCCAUGACUGUGGCGAAAGCUUCAGUCAGAUGGGAGAACUGCAAAUGCAUAGGACAGUGUGCUGUCGUCCAUUUGCCCUGGGCCCAAAUUUGAUGUAACUUUCACUCCCUUAAUGCCUACGGUGACCAGGACGCUUUAGACUUGCAUCCAUGAUAAGGACCAUUCAAAUGUGUUAUUGAACAAACAAAGGAAGAAUGUUCUGUUCACAGAGUUAGAAAAGUUUGAGAGAGCAUCUCCUAUAUUUCUCAAAAUCUAUAAACGGGAGGGUGUUUCCAGAAAGCAUGUAGCAUAUGUGGUUGUCUGUAUGUGGUUCUUGGCAAGUUUCAGUGAGUCCCAUGAGAAAUAGUUGUCAAUUUAACUAGUUCUGUGGUACCUCAUAUUGUGUAAAUAUAUUUCAAAAAAUAUUUGAGUCCCUGAUUGAGAGGUCUGUGACCCAUUUUGUGGGCUGUGUCUAAUAUCAAGAAUAUUCUGUAUAUCUUGGAUAUAAUUUUUCCCCUCCUGUUAACUUUCUAUGUGUUUUUGUGAGAGUGGAAGGCAUUCUCAACUUUGGAGAAUCUCUCAUAAGAUGGGUAAAAGUAAUGUACAACAAUCCUUUAUGUAAAAUAAUAAAUAAAUGGUUACUUCCCUGAGAACUUUGAAUUGUCAAGAGGCGUAAAACAAGGUUGCCCUCUGUCACCAUACCUAUUUAUUAUGGCCAUUGAACUGUUAGCUUUAAAAGAUAAUAUUAAGGGGCUAAGAAUUAAGGGAUUAGAGACAAAAGUAUCAAUCUUCAACCUUGAAGGGCCUCGUUGAGGACCUGGAUAACUUCUCCAAUUUCUCUGGACUAAAACCCAACUAUGAUAAGUGUAUUAAAUUACGGAUUGGGUCUCUAAAAGAUAAACUUUAAAUUGCCAUGUGGUCUCCCAAUUAAAUGGGCUUGGUGUAUAUGUCCCGGAAAAGUUUAGCGAUCUUAAAGUUGAGCAACUAUUAAUUUUGAUCAAAAACGUAGAAUCUUGAAACCGUGGAGAGGGAAAAAUGUAUCCAUUUACGGGAAGAUUACCCUGAUGAAUUAUCUAGUGAUAUCGCAGUUUACAUAUUUAUUCUUGGCUCUACCGAUUCCAGGAGAAUCCUUUUUCAAAUAAUGCGUGAAAAAAAUAUUUCACUUUCACAAAUAUCAUACCCCCCCAAAAAUUAUAACCUCCCGUUCUUGUAAUGUCUUGGUGGUAUAUUUGUGUGUCUAACUUUGGUCAACACUGAGUUCAACUUGGGAUAAUCAGUACCACGAAUGUGGCUCACCUUUUAGCCAGGUACAUUUCUAUGGUAAUGAAUCCUUCAGAUCUAACCUGCGGGGCAGGCUAACUACAUUUCUCCUGAAUGAAGUGUCUGAGCCGUGAAUUGAGGACCAAUGAAAUCAGAUUCAUUCCGUCUCGCAAAGAUUGUGUCAUCAUCCACUUCAUUUGAGGAAGACAACUGAUUAAAUAUUGUAUUAAUGAAACAUUUUUGUUAGUAAAGUUUUUAUUUUAUUUCAACACUAAUUAAAAUGUGGCACUGACGUGCACAUGGAUUGAUGUUUCUGCAUUGUCUCAAUGAAGGGUUCGGCGUUCGACUAGCCACAUGCGACAUGCACGCGCAGUUACAAGCCGGCUAGAGUUAGCGGCAGGCGGACGAGCAAUAUCCACCGUAGUAGUACGGAUGAAGCCUGAGCUAGAAUGGGACGCUAACUGCAGCUGGCUAUCUUUAGAAAACCCUGAGUAGAUCUAGCUUGCUUCGUAGUAUACUCCUUCUGUUCAAAGAAUGUCAGUUCUCAAUUUGAGAACUAUGUUAGGAAAAUAUUGACUAUUAUUGAAGGGAAUUAACUUUGUGUCUACCUAUUAAUUAUUAUUAUUAAAACCAAUUUGUUCACUGAAAGUGUGCUUUGUUUCUCAAACAAACUUCAAAUUUGACUUU